UCAUUUGCUAUGCCUGGAUACUACUUAACGACAAUUGACCGAUCUGGGAUCGACAAAAAGAACAUAUGUCCUAAAUGUGACGAGCUCCUCAAAGAAGCAGUACAGACCAUAGCCUGCGGCCACAGAUAUUGUAAAGCAUGUGUGGAAGACAUACUAAGUCAGGUACCAGGAAAAUGUGUCAUAGAUGGAACACUCAUUGAGCGAGAACAGGUUUUCCAAGACCGAUUUGUUGAGCGAGAAAUUCAGUCAUUAACGCUACACUGCGUCAACAACGAGCACGGUUGUAAAUGGAAGGAUGAACUGAGAAAACGAGAGGCCCAUGAAGCUGUUUGUGAGUAUGUGAAAGUACCUUGUGUUCACUCGGAUUGCGGCGAACUGGUCACUAGAGCCCAAUUAGCAGACCAUCUGAAACAGAGGUGCCAGUAUAGGUUGGACACAUGUGAGUACUGCCACACGCAAGUCAUUUUUGCAGCUAUAAAGGAACAUCAUGAAACCCAGUGCCCUGCGGUGCUAAUCAAGUGCGCAAAGUGCAACAGGAAGAACAUUCCUCGUGGGCAGAUGGCUUCUCAUACUGACCCAAUGGACGGAGACUGUGAAGAGAUAACAGCUCCUUGUCCUUGGUCGCAAAUCGGAUUUCCUGAAUCUAAGGCCAUGAAGCUGCAAGAUAGAAAGGCCCAUGACGAGAAAGAUGUUGCUGGGCAUAUGACGCUCCUCUUUCAAACAGUCAUGCAACUUCUCUCUUUGGUAGGGAGUAACUUUCUUGAACCAAAUUGCGUCAAUACUAAAGAUGUAAACAUGCCAUCUUGGAAAGAAUUGGAGAGAUUUGCUGAACAGAUAGAGCGCGCGUUAAAAGAGAAUGAAGAAUUAAAAUCCAAGUUGUUUCAACAAGAAAAACGCAUACACCAGUUAGAAAGUGGUGGUGCUUGGCGGAACGAACCUAUUCCGAAUUCAUCUGCAACAGAUCAAAAAUCAACGAUGGAGCUCUCACGGAGAAUUCAUAAUGAAGAAGGUAAAACAGCUGACCUAGAAGUUCUCAUCAUCGAAGGGAACAGACAGAAUGAAGAUCUUCAACGGCAGGUUGCCACUUUAGCCAGAGCACUGGAAGCUGCCAAAGAGACGAUUAACAGGUUACAGAGGCAGUUUGAGUCUAUGAGUCGCUCCCUAGCUUUGCACAAUGUCACCCUGAGCGAUUUAGAGGAAUACGUGACACAAAAAGAAGUAUCCAGCCACGACGGAGUCUUACUGUGGAAAAUUUCCGACUUCGCCAGGAGACGACGAGAUGCACAGUCAGGAGGUCAAGUGUCAUUUUACAGCCCGUGUUUCUUCACAAGUCGUUAUGGUUAUAAGAUGUGUGGACGUAUCUAUUUAAAUGGUGACGGCAUCGGCAAAGGAACCCACAUCUCAAUCUUCUGCGUGGUGAUGCGCGGUAAGUAUGACGCGAUGCUCCGCUGCCCAUUCAGACAGAAGUUUACAUUCAUGUUAUUGGAUCAAGAUAAUGUGGAACACGUGGUUGACGCAUUCCGACCAGAACCUAACAGCUCCUCUUUCCAGAGGCCAAGAAGGGAAACGAACAUAGCAAGUGGAUGUCCUACCUUCUGCCCCCUGUCGGAGUUAAACAACCACGCUUACGUCCGGGAUGACACCAUGUUCAUAAAAAUUAUAGUGGACACCACAGAUUUGUAAACCGGCCAGAAAACUUUCCAAAGUGGUAAUUUGGUGAAAACUUCUCGUAGUGUCUGAACGUUUUCUGCCCCAAAGUCUGGUGUCGUUGACUUCUGGAAGCUAAAAAGCUAGCUCAAUAUUCUCGAGUGAACUAAACGACCCCUUCUAAUGACGACUUUAGCCCUUAGAAUGAAUAUGAAUUUUAAAUGAAUGAUCUAUAUUUAGAAGG